AUGCCCUUGCUGGACCGUGGCCGUCUCCAAUCUACAGCAGCCGAUGCCCAGGAGGAGCCGUCAGAGGCAUCGACCGUGGCCAAGGAGCAGCGGACCCGGCCCAAGCAGAAGGCGAAGGGGAAACGACUGCAGCAGCUGGACAAGGUCCCAGGGAAAGAGAACGAAGCAGGCCCUAGCGAGAUUCUUUUGGACCUCCGGAAGCUGGACGGAGAGCCGCACGCGCUCCAUGAACGGCGCCCCAAACUGGCCUCUAGGCCUCUAGGCCCCCUGGGCGUCAGGACACGCUUUGUACCUACCCAAUCGGCGGCUGCCAACGCUCGGAUUAUGUUGGAAGACAACAAAGUGACUCUCUACGGGACGAGGAUUCCGAACAUCUGGCUCAGGGACAACUGUCAAUGCGGCAGCUGCAUGCACGAGUCGACGAGGCAGAGACUCCAGGACACGUUUGCGAUCCCCAGAGAUCUGUCGAUCAGGUCUGCCUCGCACGCAAAGGACAUGGAACCACGGAACACGCACGUGGAGAUUGAAUGGAGUGACGGCCACAAGAGCACGUACAGCCAACCGUUCCUCGCGAGCGCAGUCGCAGGUUUCGACGAGCGAUGCAACAUCCGUCAGGGCUUCGUGGAGCCAACGCUCUGGACCGCUAAAAUCGGACAGUCAGGCUCGCCCAUCCAAAGCCCCCCGUGGUCAUGUUCGUGUUCACGACUAACUCGACCGCAGCGCAAAUACGGCUUCUGCUACAUCGACCACACGCCGCACGACACGCCGCUCGCGACAGAGCAGCUGCUGCGCCGCAUCGCGUUUAUCCGCGAAACGCACUACGGCGGCUUCUACGACUUCACCGCCGACCUCGCCAGCCAGGACACGGCCUACACCAACAUUGCGCUCGAGGCGCACACGGACAACACGUACUUUAGCGAGCCGGCAGGUCUGCAGGCAUUCCACCUGCUGUCGCACACGGACGGCGACGGCGGCGCGUCGCUGCUGGUGGACGGAUUCCAGGCCGCGGCCGAGCUGCUGCGGACAGACAGAAGCGCGUACCAGGUCCUCGCCGAGACGAGAGUGCACGCGCACGCGUCGGGCAACGAGGGGAUCAGCAUCCAGCCGUACCGCGGGUUCCCCGUGCUGGAGCACGACGCGGCGACGGGGGGCCUGCUGCGUGUGCGGUGGAACUCUGCGGACCGGGCGAGCAUCGAGCUAGCCGUUGACGAGGUGGAGACGUGGUACGACGCGGCGCGGAAGUGGGAUGCGCUGCUGAAGAAGAAGGAGAACGAGUACUGGGAGCAGCUUGUCCCCGGACGAGUGCUGGUGUUUGACAACUGGAGGGUGCUGCACGGAAGGAGUGCGUUUACGGGGAAGCGCAGGAUUUGUGGGGGGUAUAUCAAUCGCGAUGAUUGGAUCAGUCGGUUUAAGAUGGAGAGGUUUGGGCAGGAGAAGGUGCUGGGGGCGCUGGCGGGGAGUUGA